GACUCUGCAACCACUCCAAGCACACAACGCCCGCGCCGCCCGCCCGCUGUCUCCCCGGCCGUGCGUGUUGCGAUUGCCAGACUGGCGACACAGCAGGAAGGAUGCCGGCAGAUAUUCGCAGUUUCUUUGGCGGCGGAGCAAAGGCGAGCCAGGGCAGCCAGGGCUCGCAGAAGAAAGACGAGAAGCCUGCACCCAAGAAAGCAGCGCCCAAGAAGCCUGGCCGUGCGAGCCGUGUGGUCGUCGACGAUUCCGACGACGAUGAUGUCGACGAGCCAGCACCCAUGACGACAACCCCGAAGAAGCCCCCGCCCAAGAACGCCAACAAGGAGCCGUCCCCCGAGCUCCAAGAGACCACCACGUCCGAGUUCUUUGCCAGCAAGAACAAGCCCAAGCGCUCGGAGCCUGUCAAGAAGAAGCCCGCCGAGUCUACGCCAAAGCCGACACCCGUGAAGGCCAACGGAAAGGCAUCUAAGAAUUCGACACCGCCGACAAACAAGCGAGGCCCAGCAAGGCCGAAGAAGCACCUCACCACACAUGCCACAAAGGACGAUGAAGAUGAGUUUCCGGACGACGAUCUCGACGAAGCGGACGACAUAUUCGGAGACGACUUCAAGCCCCGAGGCAAGAGGGAUGACUACGUGGAAGUGGCAGCUAGCGAUGACGACGAUCUGCCCGUACCCCUCCCACAUAGGGGAACGCCCAAGAGGCCUGCGAAGAAGCAGAGGACGGCCAAGGCUGAUGACGACUUUGAUCCGGAGCAUGAGGACGUUGACAUGAAAGACGUGGAUGCAGAAGACGACUUUGUUGAACUAGAUGAGGAUGAGCGAGCGGCCAAAAGCAAGCCCAAGAAAACUUCGACCGCCAACAAGAAAAGGAAGACUCCCGAGCCUGAGGACGAGGACGAUGGUGAAGAGGACGAGGACGAGGAGCCCAAGUCGAAGCGCGGCCGUCCGAAGAAGGAUGCACCGGCCAAGGCACCUGCAAAAAAGAAGGUCAAGAAGGAAGAGGCGGUGGAGAACAAGGAUAUACAAGCCAUCUACGACAGCAUACCCCUGGUGCGCCCGCCGACCCCUCCCCCGAAGGAUGAAGCUGCCAAAUUCGACUGGAGACAAAAGGCUGGUGGUGGGAAUGCAGAUGCCGCCCCGGUGGGCGGUGAUUCAGGGUCAAUGCCGUCGGGGAGCGAGACUUGCCUAGCUGGCCUGACCUUCGUGUUCACGGGCGUUCUGCAGCGGUGGGGUCGAACAGAGGCCCAAGAACUUGUCAAGCGGCACGGCGGGAAGGUUACCGGGCAGCCCAGCAAGAACACAACUUACAUCGUUCUCGGACAGGAUGCAGGUCCAAGCAAGCUGAGGAAGAUAAAAGAGCUGAAUAUUAAGACCAUUGACGAGGAUGGACUCACAGCCCUGAUCGAAAAGCUUACGGCAGCUGGCAAUCAGGGUGAUUCGAAAGCUCAGGCAGCGUAUAAGGAGAAGCAACGCAAAGAAGAAGAGAAGAUCAAAGCACAAGCUGCAGAGAUGGAGAAAGAGGAGCAGACCAGGUUGAAAGCUUUGAAGACAGCUGAAACUGCCCAGAACGGCAAAGUUUCGUCCGCCCCUACCUCAGCCUCCGCAAACAGCUCAGAGCCAGCCGUUGACUCGCGACUCUGGACGACCAAAUAUGCACCGUCUUCGCUGAACCAAAUUUGCGGCAAUAAAGCUACAGUGGAGAGGCUGCAGAGAUGGCUGCAGAGGUUUCCAAAGAGCUUGAAAACUAACUUUAAGCUGGCUGGUCCCGAUGGUAGCGGAUCUUUCCGUGCAGUCAUACUCCACGGUCCCCCAGGUAUCGGAAAAACUACCGCCGCGCAUCUGGUUGCCAAAAUAGAAGGGUAUGAUAUCGUGGAAAGUAACGCCAGCGAUACGCGCAGCAAGAAACUUGUGGAAGAGGGCCUGCGGGGCGUUUUGAGCACGAACUCUCUCAAUGGCUAUUUCGCGGGCGACGGCAAGAAGGUAGAAGCUGGGAAAAAGAAGAUGGUCCUUAUCAUGGACGAAGUCGAUGGUAUGUCUGCCGGUGAUCGCGGCGGCGUGGGUGCUUUGGCCGCUGUAUGCAAGAAGACGGAGGUUCCCAUCAUCUUAAUCUGCAACGACCGACGACUGCCCAAGAUGAAGCCGUUCGACUACGUGACCUUCGAUCUACCGUUUCGACGACCGACGGUGGAUCAAAUUCGGUCUCGCAUCAUGACCAUUGCUUUCCGAGAAGGAUUGAAAAUGCCUGCGCCAGUUAUCAACGCGCUGAUCGAGGGCAGCAAUGCUGAUAUCCGUCAAGUGGUGAACAUGAUUUCCACAGCCAAACUUGAUCAGGAAGCUAUGGAUUUCGACAAGGGCAAGUCAAUGUCCAAAGCCUGGGCAAAACACGUUGUCUUGAAGCCGUGGGAUAUUACACAGAAAAUUCUCGGCGGUGGCAUGUUUGCUGCCAGUAGCAAUGCUACCCUAAACGAUAAGAUUGAGCUCUACUUCAACGACCACGAGUUUAGCCCGCUGAUGCUUCAGGAGAACUAUCUUGGCACCAACCCCAUACAAGCAUCGCAAUACAGUGGCCCAGAAAAGAAAUUGAAGUUGCUAGAACUGGCUUCUGAUGCCGCUGAUAGCAUCAGCGAUGGAGACCUCGUUGAUCGCAUGAUUCACGGCUCGCAGCAGCACUGGAGUCUAAUGCCGACACAUGCGGUGUUCAGUUUCGUGCGGCCGGCCAGUUUUGUCGCAGGAAGCACAGCCGGUCAUCAGACUCGCUUCACAAGCUGGCUCGGCAAGAACAGUUCUCAGGGGAAGCUCACGCGUCAGGUCAAAGAAAUACAGGCCCACAUGCGUUUACGUUCGUCUGGUGAUCGACAUGAGGUCCGACAACAGUAUGUUCCCAUCCUCUGGCAACAACUUGUCAAGCGUCUAGAGGAUGGAGGGAAAGAGGCUAUUCCUGAGAUCAUCGAACUCAUGGACAGCUACUUCCUGACAAAGGAUGAUUGGGACGCGAUUGUGGAGCUGGGCGUUGGGCCCAUGGUACAAGAGAAGGUCAAGAUCGCUUCGCAGGACAAAGCGACCUUUACUAGACUGUAUAAUCAGCAGUCCCAUCCACUCCCAUUCAUGAAAGCCUCGAACGUCGUCGCACCCAAGAAAGCGACCAAGGACAAACCCGAUCUUGAAGAAGCGAUCGAAGAAUCUGACGAGGAGGAAGUAGUGAGUGAGAUCAAGGAGGAAGACGAGGACGUCGACAUCUCCAAAGACAAGUACGUCAAGCAACCUAAGAAAAAGGCUGCAAAGAAGGCCACGGGAGCCAAGCCUCGGGGCAAGAAACGCGCUGCUGAGGAUGAUGACGAUGGGGAAAGCGAAGAAGAUGUCAAACCGAAGGGCAAAGGAAAAGCCAAGGCUGCUGCGAGCAAAGCAAAGAAGAAAUGAGCUCUAUUGCGGUGAUGUUGAGGUGCGCCAUGAUCGGGGGCAUUUUUUGAUCGGUAGAGAGCGGCGGGUUACAAGGUGGCUCACUUCUGUGACUAUGUUGCCCAGAUCGAUUCGAUACGCAGGAAUAAUGUAGGCAUUGUCGGUGCCUUUUCGGGCAUUUAAGGGGCUGCUGUCGUAGUUGAGUAUCGUGUAUGUAUUCAUUAGCCGCAGAAUAUGCCUGCAGAGCAUUUUGAAGGCUUCCUCGGAAUGUAACUUCAGUCGGUUGAGUAUAGAGACCUUUGGGCGGAGGACCAC